UAUAGAUAGAUAAGAAGCCAUAGCUCACUUCCCAGGCAACAACUAGACCAGAGUUCAAACAACAGAGACGAUUAGACAAAACCAUUUUCCACAAAAGAAGGGAUGGCAACGACGGUAUGCGUAACUGGAGGCUCGGGCUUCAUCGCCUCGUGGCUCAUCAAACACCUCCUCCGCCUUCAGUACAGUGUUAAUGCCACUGUUCGUUAUCCUAAUGAUCCAAAGAAGGUGAGUCACUUGCUGUCACUGGAAGGAGCAAAGGAGAGGCUUAAGUUGUUCAAAGCAGAUUUAUUGGAAGAAGGGUCUUUUGAUGCUGCAAUUGAUGGCUGUGAGGGUGUAUUUCACUGUGCUUCUCCCUUCUUCCUUCAUCACACCCCUGAUCCCCAAGCAGAUUUGAUUGAUCCAGCUGUGAAGGGAACCCUGAAUGUGCUAGGAUCGGUGGCCAGAAAACCUUCUGUUAAAAGAGUUAUAUUGACAUCCUCUGAAGCUGCAAUUGCCUUCAACCGGAAUCCUCGAACUGCUGACACAGUCAUUGAUGAGACGUGGUGGUCAGACCCAGAUUAUUGCAGAGCAAACAAGAUGUGGUAUGUGCUCUCAAAGACAUUGGCCGAGAAGGCAGCAUGGGAGUUUGUCAAAGAAAGAGGCAUUGACUUGGUUUCAAUUAACCCGCCGUGUGUGAUUGGUCCCAUGCUUCAACCAUCACUCAACACUAGCUCUGCUAAUGUUUUGAGCUUAAUAGACGGUGCUGAAACAUAUCCAAACGUGGCAUAUGGGUGGGUACAUGUCAAAGAUGUUGUAGAUGCCCAUAUAUUAGCAUUUGAGAAACCCGAGGCGAAUGGAAGGUACUAUGUUGCGGAGAGAUGCGCUAACCCCCUCGAUCUUAUUGCAAUACUCGGUGAACUUUACCCUAAUCUCAAAUUUCCUCAAAGGUGUGCGGAUGGUAAUCCGCUUGUGCCAGCAUACAAAGUGAAUAACAAAAGAGCAAAGGAACUUGGGGUUGUGCUCACUCCUCUCAAACAGGCCCUUAAGGAGAGUGUUGAAAGCUUGAAGGAGAAGGGCUUCUUGAAACACUAAAUAAUGGAAGGCACCAGAAAGAAACUUAGUGUUCAUAUUAAUACUUUUGUGGGCAAUGACAUUAUGAGAUAUAUAUGGAGUAAUGAUUUUUGCAAAAGCUGAGAGUUGUGGUUGUGAUAUGAUCCAUAUGAAAGCAUGUCUUGCCAAUUGUGAGUGAAAUUGUGUGAUGACCAGAGGUCUUCUAGCUAUAACAACCUUUGUCUUACCAACUGAAUUUUUGAGAAGCAACAACAAUGUGCCUAACUAUGGCUUAAUCUAUUGCUAACAUUGAAUGCAGACAAAAACAAAGAACUGCCCC